CACAGACCCACACAGACCCAUCCAGGGACAUACACAAAGAGAGUCACACAUACAGACUCACACAAAGACUGACACAGCGACUCACACGGAUCCAGAGAGAUCCAGGAUGAAGGUUUCUGGCCUCCUCCUCGUCCUCCUCCUCUCCGAGUCAACCCAGAGAGGGGAAGCCUCACUCACCGAGGGCACGCAUUAUGCCCGGGAGCUCAAGCAGAGGCUGCUGUAUAAUCGCCAGUCCCGCCUGCCUGAGGACCUGAGCCUGAAAAGUCUGACCCCGGAAAUGGAUUCUGAUGGAUUGCCCCAGAUCCCGCCGCAGUUCAUGGAGCAGCCUCUCGACCACUUCGACAAAAACAACAACCGCACCAUCCAACAGAGGUUCUGGGUCGAUAACCGCUACUGGGAAGGUCCGGGUAGUCCCGUCUUCCUCUUCAUCGGCGGAGAGAAUCCACUCAGCAAAUACAACGUCCUCCUCGGCUCCCACGUGGAGUUGGCCGAACGUAUGGGAGCGAUGGUGGUGGCAGCCGAACACCGCUUCUACGGACAGAGCACUCUCCCCGAGGGAGCCGCGGACUCGGUGCUGCCCUUCCUCAGAGUGCGCCAGGCGCUGGCUGACCUGGUGGAGCUGAUCCGCGCGCUGUCACGCGACCUCGAUCUGCCUGAGGAAACUCGGUGGGUCGCCUUUGGAGGCUCCUACUCCGGGGCGCUGGCUGCCUGGCUCCGUGAGAAGUUCCCGAGCCUGAUCUUUGCCGCCAUUGCCUCCUCCGCCCCGGUUCGCGCCAAGGUGGACUUCCACGAAUUCAACGAAGCGGUGGGCAGGUCCCUGGCUGACCCCAUCGUGGGCGGAUCGAAGGAGUGCCUCCGCCGCGUCUCCGAGGCGUUCGCGACCAUCGACAAGAUGAUCCAGAGCGACCGCCUCUCCGAGCUGAGUCACGACUUCUCGUCGUGUGUGCCCCUGGCCGCCGAUAGACCCCGCGACGUCGACACCUUGGUCACCAACUUGGCCGCGGUCUUCAUCAUGGCCACCACCUUCAACGCGGAGGCGCACGACGCCUCCGUCGCCGACGUCUGCACCACGAUGACCGACGAGUCCCUUGGCAACUCCUACACUCGCCUCAUCCACAUCAGCAAGAGGUAUCUGAUCAAGAGAAUCCCCUGCACGGUGAACCUCUACCAAGGGGUUAUCUCUGAACUCCGUGACCCCCAGCGGUCGGAGCUGAGACCCUGGUUCUAUCAGAAGUGUACGGAGCUGGGCUUCCUCCAGACAUGCCGCCCCCGGGAGGGCUGCCCCUUCUCCAAGCUGCUGUCCCUCGAGACGACCGCGGCGAUGUGCACCGAUACCUUCGGCCUCACCCAGCAGGAUAUGGAGCGCGGAGUGGAGUCCACCAAUCGCAUGUUCGGAGGCGAUCGCCCCACGGGGAGCCGCCUGCUGUUCGUCAACGGGGACGUGGACCCCUGGAGGGAACUCAGUGUGGUAGCCCCCUUCAGGGGGUCCGCGGUGAAGACUCUGACUGUGAGGGGAGGGGCACACUGCUCCGACACCAACCCCAGCCUCUCCCGGGACUCUCCCGCACUCACGCAAGCCAGGAAGGCUAUCGGACAGCAGCUGGAGGCCUGGCUCCGGAUGUCACGUGACCUCUGAGCUGGGACUGCAUUGCAGGGCAGCUCGGCCCUGAUUGGCCGACGUGGAGGGGGGGGGGGUGAUCACGUGACCUUUUAACUUUGACGUCAACCGCAGGGCAGCUAGGCCCUGAUUAGCCGACGGGGGGGGGGGGGAGCAGUCAUGUGACCUCGGCUCAGAUUGCCGAGGGACCUGCGAACAAAUGGCGCCCCGUUUCCACCCCUCGCCAUUCCCACCGGGAAACUUCCCGAAUCGGCUUCCAACCAGGUUGACAGCUGCGGUGAGUCGCAGGCAAGGCUGUGGAGCUGGUUGGUGCUGAACCUCACCCAACCAUCUCACCCAACUCUCUCACUCAACCGUCCCACCUCACCUCACCCAACCCUCUCAGCUCACCUCACCCAACCAUCCCACCUCACCCAACUCUCUCACCCAACCGUCCCACCUCACCCAACCCUCUCACUUCACUUCACCCAACCACCUCACUCAACCCACCACACUCACCGCAGCCAACCCUAUCAUCUCAGCUCACCACCAUCCCCACCGCUACCGCCCUGCUUUACGCUUGAAAUAACAUCGCGAUUCCUGCCGAGGGUACUUCCGAACCGGUUUUAACCGGUUUCUAGGGUAUCUGAUUUGAUAAUGUGCCUUAAAUUAAAUGCUGCUCGAAUCUUCGCUUCCAGUCAAUCAAGGGGAGGAGAGGAGGUGGAGGAGGGGCAGGAGGGGAG